GACAAGCCAUAGCAAAACAGUAAGAGGAGAAGCGGCGGUGCGUCUCUCGGUAACAGUUUUUGCCCCGCCCCCUUUCCCGGAACUGCAGGCGGUGUCGACGGCACGGCUGUGGCUAUCUGCCGAGAAGAGAGCCUCUGGGGUGGUAGCUGGCCCCAUGCCCCUUGUGGGAGUUGUCUGUCAUGAACAGGAAGUACAAGCUGGCGUCCUCCAGAAUCACAGGAACCGGUUAUGCUUCCGCCUCGCCUCGCGCGUUUUUGAGAUGUUUUUUCUGGGUCUGCUUUUCUGAGAAAUCAAACCUGAUAUUUCAGCUUAUCACCUCAAGAUUGAUGCAUGUUUUCAUCAUUACUUUAAGCUUGCUGAGAGUUUGGAUAAACAUGGCGCAAUUCCAACAAGGAGGUCCUGAUGAAAAAGAGAAGACUACAGCAUUAAAGGACUUGUUGUCUAGAAUAGACUUGGAUGAACUGAUGAAAAAAGAUGAACCACCUCUUGAGUUUCCUGAUACUCUUGAAGGAUUUGAAUACACCUUUAAUGAAAGACUGGGAGAGAGUGACUGACCCAAGGUCACCCAACUGGCUUUGUGCAUAUCAGGAAUAGAAUUCACAGUCUUCCGGUUUCUAGCCUGGUACCUUC